AAUUGUUUAAUUGUUAUUGCAGGUGCUGGGCGAACUGCUGGACCUGCUGUUGAACCCAGCCAUGCGCAUCAAGAACUGGGACACCAUCGACUGGCUCAAGUGGCUCAUGGCUGCCGGCCGCACUCCUGAUGACUUCUUUAAUACAGUGCGACGAUAUGACAAUGCAACAACUUGUGGUCUGGUCUGGACAGCCAACUUCGUGGCGUAUCGUUGUCGAACGUGUGGCAUUUCACCUUGCAUGAGUCUUUGUGCACAGUGUUUUCAGGAAGGGGACCACGAGGGCCAUGACUUUAAUAUGUUCCGCUCGCAGGCUGGUGGAGCCUGUGACUGUGGCAACUCGGCUGUCAUGAAGGAAUCGGGGUUUUGUCAUCGACAUGGGUCACAAGCACAAUUAAACAAGCCAGAAGUCCCACCAGACCUUUUAGCAAUUGCUGACGCGCUUAUGCCUAGAAUUUUUCUACGCUUUAUACAACAUUGUCGAGAACACAGUUUGGAGUCAUUAAACCAGAUUUCAGUGGCUAUGGACGAGUCUUCUUUAUUUCUAGAUCUUCUUCAGGACCUCAGUCGUCUUGGAGCUGCAAUGAGAAAAACAAUGACAAAGUCAUUGUGCAAUCCGAAUGUUUAUUCCGAAUUGACUCGGUCGUUAUCUAAUCAUUCGAAUACAGAAUAUCAAACUCAGAGCAGGAAGUUGUAUGAAGAUGCUCUUAACAGUAUACCCUUUGGGGAAGUGCCUCCAGGAUAUCAAGAUGUUGCGACUCUAAACGGACCACUUAUACACAAGACUUUUUUAGAUGAAAUUGUUUUUUGGACUGUAAAAUUUGAGUUUCCACAAAAACUUGUUUGUUUACUAUUGAAUAUGCUACCUGACACUGAGUAUGAGGAUGCUUUUGCCAGGGCAUUUGUGCAACACUACAGUCGAAUCUCUGUUAUGUUAGUGCAAAGUACAGACUCUGAAACCUUAAGUAACCGUGUUGUACACGUGUCUGUUCAGUUGUUCUCCGAUCAAGACUUGGCGUACCGUAUGACAGACUCGUUCCAUCUACUACAUGUGAUGAUAGUUAGUUUGAAAAAUAUGAUGAAAUCCAUAUGUGUGCCAUCAACUCUACAUGAUAAGCUUCGGAAUUCUCAUAGGGUUGUCAACUGUGCUGACCAUGUUAUGAAGAAUCACUGCUAUUGGCCACUAGUGUCUGAUCUUAAUAAUGUUCUUUCACAUAAGCCAAUUGCUGUCAAGUUCAUGAGUGAUCCAAGGCUCAUUCAAGAAUGGUUCUCUUUUUUAUCAAUGUUCCAAGGGAUGAAUGUCAAUGUACGUGAGAUGACACAGCAUGUUGAAUUUGAGCCACAGACAUAUUAUGCAGCAUUCAGUGCAGAACUGGAAGCAUCUGCAUCUCCCAUGUGGGCUCUUGUGUCUCACCUGCGCGACUCUGAGACUCGACACUACACGUUUUCUGUGCUUAAAGAAUGCCUUCAUGCCCUUAACAACUGGUUUACUGCAGUUGGGUUUUCACAUUCUGAUCUGGGGGACCCGUACCAGGUGUCAUUUCACCUGCCACUACAUCGGUAUUAUUCAGUGUUCAUGUGCCAGGCUGUCAAGGCUCAGGGUGCCCAGCUGGAUGAAGUGCUGCCUCCACUAGACCUCUUGCAUCUUAUUAUGGUUCAUCCUCUUAGACUACAGGCAGCUUUCUAUGAGAUUCUAAGUGGCAUGUGGGUGCGAAAUGGGCUUCAGAUCAAAGGCCAAGCUAUGACGUACAUCCAGUGCCACUUCUGCAACUCCAUGGUGGAUGCUGAUCUCUACCUCUUACAAAUAUGUGCUGGUGAAUUACCCCCGGAUAACUUUAUUUUGACGGUGUUAGACAGGUUUCAUGUUCUCGAGUCUCUGAGUGUGUCUCCAAGGGCGUCUAACAGUUUCUUGGAUUCUGAGCACGAGAUGACCAUCUUGGAGUCGUGCUUAACUUUCCUGGCCACUCUGAUGACUGUUAGGACAAAUAUUGGCUUAAGUGAAAGUGAACUUGCUCAGUUGGAGAUGGUUACUCUGCUGUGUAUGGGAGAUAAAACACAUUCUCAGCUGAUGGAAUUUAUGCCAGAGAAGUGUGGCAGUGCAGCUCAGAGCAGAGAUUUUGAGGCCGUAUUAAGUAAGGUUUCAUCAUAUAGAGCCCCAAACUUUGAAGCAUCGGGAACAAUGCAGCAAGGGAUGUAUAUUCCACGUGACGAGGUCUGGGAAAAUCUUUAUGAUCCUAUUUACAUACUUCUACGGGCUGUACAGAGACGAGACUUUCAAGCUUCUCUGGACAGAUUUAAGCUAUUCUGUAAGCAGUCUGGGAAUAUCAGCAGCUCGGGAAAUUUAUGGCCACCAUUCCGUUUACCAAGUGCUGUUACUAGUCCAUACACUGAUCCUCAAAGGAUAAUUGCUUGCAGGAGUUUUCAUGCUGUUCUCUUCAUGUUGUUAUAUAAAGCUCUCAACGAAGUAUCCACCACGGAUCAUCUUUUAGCUCUCACUGUUUACUUGUUGGAACUUACUGUUGAAUUUCAAGCAAAACACCGUUCACAAGGGGGUGAAAUCAUGGCUGCACAGUUUUAUGAAGGUGUGAUAGAAGCAGAUGAUGACAAGCCUGAUGGUCAGUUUUGUAAGUGGUUUGUGACAGAUGAUAUUUUUACCAACGUCAACUCUGUUGUAUCAAGGAUUCACCUCAAUCCUACUCCAUCAGUCAGCUCCUGCUCUGAUGGCGAGUUAGAUGGAUCUGAUCUGGAAAUGGACGAGCUUGAGGGAGGCGAGCCUCGACUGGCCCUGCGCGCAGCGCCACGUCCUCUCCCUCUCCCCACGGGCUCGGAGUUGGUACUGUACCACCAAGGUGCCACAGCUGUUGUAGCAUCAGCCGGAGACCUGCCUACUACUCCAGAAACUCCCACUCAAGAUCAUAUGUCUCCACUGGCCUUGCCUCCUCCUACUCUAACACCAACCUCACCAGUGUCUACACCAACAAACAUGCUAGUGCCUCUUAUUCAUGCCUCUUCUCCAGAAGGUGCAUCAGCACAGGCCUCUUUACCUGCUCCAAUCCAAUACCCUUCCUUGCUUGCUGGGAAUGAGGUGGGAAGAAUGGCUGGUGGUGGCAGCAGCAGUAACACUAAUGGCCCCAGCUGUAGUAGCAGAGGUCACCAUGGACGCUGUUUUAUGCUUCAGCAUCAUUUCCAUCAGCGUUCUCGGCGUCCAGCUGGACCCGCUAAAGCUCUUCUUCCGGCAAGUGAUGGCUCUUCACCGCCAGCAUUCCAAGCAUCUCCUCCAACACCUGAACUCUCACAUUUUUCCUCUUUACCUCAACUCGACUCUGGAGAUGAAUAUGUAGCAGUUGAUGAAUCCAUUAUCUCUCUCCUGAUUAAACUUCAUUCAAAGUUAACGGGAAAGCCUAACUCUUACCGUCCAAACUUCAGUGAUACAUUCGAUUCCAGAAUAGGAGAUGGGCCUUUCUUUAUUGCAAAGUUGCUCAAUAAAAUUGGUCGAAAUGAUCCCUCUACUAGACAAGGUAUAUUGGACACUAUAUCAUGUCUUUACUGUAAACGAGAAGAAGACUCCUCUGCGUCUUCUGAGGAAGAAGCUCGAGCAAGAGAAGAGAAGAGAAAACGUGCCAAAGAAAGACAAAAGAGAGUUAUGGCCGAAUUUGCAAACCGUCAGCGUCAGUUUAUGGAACAAAACAAGGCUGAGGUGGCAGAAUCUGAAGCUAGUGGAAAUGAUGCAAUGGAAGUUGAAGAGGAACAGCCAGAAAGGCAUAAGGAAUAUGACUGCGUUAUAUGUAAUCAAUCUAUUCCAUCUACUCCCGAGAGGCCCGUGGGGCUAGUAGUGUUGCUACAAGCAACUAGUGUGCUUGGUCACCGAACAUCGUCACAAAAACCCUUGAGUGUUCCUACGUCAGAUUCUGAAAGAAUGAGAUUAAAACAGCGAAGAUUUACCCUUGGUCAGUACAUGGAAGAAAGAGCAGACACACUCAAUAGACACUUUGAUUAUAACUCGUGGUUGGUGUCUAUGAAUAUUGGGUGGGAAGGUGGAGUCCAUGUACAGACAUGUGGCCAUCACCUGCAUCUGGACUGUCAUCAGUCGUAUCUUCUUGCACUACGCUCACAGCACCGCCCUAACAACCCUCUCAAUGUUGAUAAGGGUGAAUAUUCAUGUCCAUUGUGUCGCCAACUUGGGAAUUCAGUGCUGCCCAUAUCUCCUGAAAUUGGGGACUUAUCAGCAUUAGUGAAGCGUCCCUCCACCUGUGAUAAUGAUUUAGUUGAGGAGGUUGACAGGCUUCUUUAUGAUCUUACUGUUCCGAAAUUCAGCAGUUCCCUAACCAACGCAAUGGCUAGAAUGAUGGAGGAUAUGACAGUGGCUACUUAUGCCAAGUAUCGAAAUGUUUCAUCCAAUCCUUCAACUCCGUCCCUCUUCAUGUUCGUAUCAUCUAUUUUACGGACAAAUUUAGAGGUGGAACUUGUUCAGCGAGGAGGAAUGCUGGUGUACCAUGCCCAAGAUGUUAAGAUGGAUGUCAAGCGUUCGUGUUUGAUGCCUCUCCUUCAUGUUCUUGGAUUUCAUUCCAAAAUUUUGAGUGGAGGUGGAGACUCGUCAGCUGGCGGAGUGGGAGGAGGAUUACAUUGGAUCAGACAAACUUGGGCUUCCAUCACACAGCGACCAGUGAUUGGGAGUGAAGGAGCUGUUACACCAAGAGAAAGAGAAGUUCCUCUACUUUUGCGUGACCCAGUUACACUUCUCUUGCAGUUGAUUCUUCUGUUACCUUCCCGGAUAGAUCAGGGUUAUUUAAGGUGUGUUGUGGGAAAUGUGUACAGAGUUGCAGUUGUUGGUGCAGCCGUUUCUGCUCUUCGGUCGCUUAAUGAGAGUCAGAGGGAGCAGGCUACCACUAGUGGCCCCCUUGCUCCUCUUCUAGCACUGGCUCACAACACCUUACGGGAUAGCCCCUUCUUCUGUGAUGACCAAGUACCACUAGCAGAUCAUACACAAGAGGCAUGGACUGUUAAUGAUGUUACUUGCCAGGUUCGAGAAACGUGUCUGUUAUUCCUGAGGAUUGCUGCACUACUAAAAGCGCAUCUGAUGGAAGAAAAUUCACCCAUGAUAGUGGAUCCCAUUGCAGAGUGCGGUGCUCUUGAACAGUACUUGGGAGUGUGGGAUAUUUGUUCAGUUGUCAACUCUGCCAUUAUGGGUAACAUGUGUGGUAGGUACCACGCAAGUGAGGUAUCGAGUCCAGUUGAAACUCGUUUGGGGAACCUAGCGGGUGGUGCAAGGGUGUGGUGUAGUGAAGUUGCCACGUUUGCUUCUCAAGCACAAGUCGCUGCCUCUACACUUCUCACUACUGUUCAGUUCUCACAGCCCCGUCUCCUUCGUCUACCACACUCAUAUGAUGCCAUUUUUCAAUACUACCACAGACGGCAGUGCUCUCAGUGCAAUGGUGUCCCAAAGGAUCCGAGCGUUUGCUUGCUGUGUGGCACUAUAGUCUGCUUGAGAGAGCCAUGUUGUAAACAGCAGGAGGUGUACGAGUGUGUCCAACAUGCUAUUGACUGUGGUGCUGGCACAGCCAUUUUCCUUGUUGUGAAUGCUUCAACGGUGAUUGUGAUUCGUGGCCCACGUGUCUGUCUCUGGGGCUGUAUUCAUCUAGACUCCUUUGGGGAAGAAGAUCGUGAACUCAAACGCGGAAAGCCUCUGUACCUGAGCGAAGACCGCUACCGCCUGCUGGAGCAGCAGUGGCUCUCACAUUCUUUUGACCACACCACCCGGCGGUGGAUAUGGCAUCGAGAUAUCCUCUGAGGUAUCGAAUCAUUGUAAAUGCAAAGAAUAGCCUUAUUAUCCUGAAGGUUUAAAGUAAGCUAAAUUAAAGGUUAUAUAUAUUCUGUUUUUGGUAUAACCAAGAAACAUAUAACCUUCAUUUUAGUGAGGUGUGGUUUUAAAGAAUAGAACACCACUUGCUCUACAGAAAAUUUGGCCUCCACCUUGUUUUGUGUACAGUUUGUUGUAGUCAAUGGAUUAAUCACUAAUAUGGCUUUAAUUCAUUAUUUUUGGAUGCAGUUUCAACUAAACAAACCAAGGCAUUAUGCACCUACUCGUAUACUCUAAAUGUAAUUGAAUAUUAUAAAUGCUGGUCUCCACGUAUGCAAGACAGUUUCACUUAAUAUGAAUUGCCGAGAUAUCUGGUCACAGUUUAAAAAGAAUAUAUCUCACCACGUCAUUUCACUGAUUUUGGAAGUGUCGAGUUUCUGCACGACCACCAAAUUACAACUGGUGCACAUACGAGGAUUUCUCGACAACCAGCAAGUGUUUCAACUUGUUCACAAAUAAUGCUUCAAUAUCUAAAGACAGAACUUGGUUGCCAAUAUUUCUUGGAGUGAAAUAUUCUUUGCUUUUACAAUGAUUGUGUUUAGAAUUUGUCUAAAAUUAUUAGAUAAAAUACAGUUGAUGUUUAUAUUGCAUAUGUAUAUCUUUAUCAAAAUUUUAAUUUGGUAAUAGUUAUGCAAAGGGAGAGUAUUAAUACAUGUAUUGGUUAAUAAUGGGUGAGCGUUAUCUCCCAUAUAACUCUUUGUAAUUACAAAUUGUGAUAAUGUAUACAACUAUUUUGUUUUCAAAGAAAACGUCCAAGGUGUCGAACCGAAUAUCAUUCGGAAUAAAUUUUUCUUUGUUAGGAUACUUUUAACUUCAAUAGAAUAAUUAGGUACUUUUUCUUACUUUUUCUGUAACUAAGAAUGGUGAAUAUUCUUAUCUUUUGUGAUAAGAGAAGGUAAGCAUUUAAUGGUUGAUAUGGGUGUGGUGUGUUGGCAAAGAGCACCUUGUACUUUAUCAGUCACGUUUUAUAAUUGAUGUAAAUUUUCACAUUGAGAUUCCUUUGUAUAUUGUGCAUCUGAUGCAAGUUAGCCAUUUUGGGCAUUCAGGAUAUAUGUAUGUUCAUGAAUAUAAUACCUUCAAGUAUGAUACAAAUAUUCUCUUUUUGUCAGUUUUAGUAAAUAAAUUAUUUAAGAGCCAAAUUCAUAUCCAUUAUUGUAUAAUUAUGUGCAUAUAGUAUACUUCUUGUUAGAAUUAUGAGUUUGAUAAUUUUGUUAAGAGCUCAAGUAAUAUUUAAGUAAACUCUGUAUAAAGAUCACUUGUACACAUUGUAUAAAUAGGCCAUGUACAUAGGGAAGAGUCGUAUUAAGCAGCUAGGGAGUGGGUUGCCGAAAGCACAAGAACUAUGUAUUCACACACAUGCUAUGGAAUUAUAAGAUAUGAAGAGAGGAAAAUCAUUCAUUAAUUUGUGCGUUCAUUAGUUUUCCAUAAUGAUUUUAUUUUAUAGGCCCCCAGUGGUUCUUUCACCAGAAUAUUUGUCACCAGGUCAACAAAGUUAACUAAUUAUAUAUAU